GUCACUGACAGCUGACGAAAAAGUGUUUAUACUCGCGUGAGUCAUUUUACGAAUUUCGUAGGUCCUUGGGAAUUUCUUGUGACUCCUCGUUACUGUUCCUGUAAAGGUCUUAGUACCUUUGUUUUUUUAUACAAACAGUUUUGUAAAACCGUCAAGCUGGGGAACGAAAUGUCUUCGUCUGCUAUGGAGAAACAUCUAUUUAAUUUAAAAUUUGCGGUCAAGGAGCUAGAACGGAACUCAAAAAAAUGUGAAAAGGAAGAAAAGGUGGAGAAAGAAAAGGCAAAGAAGGCGAUACAGAAGGGCAAUAUGGAGGGAGCUCGGAUACAUGCAGAGAACGCCAUAAGGCAGAAGAAUCAGGCACUGAAUUACUUACGGAUGUCUGCUAGAGUUGAUGCCGUCUCUAGUAGGGUGCAGACUGCUCUUACCACAAGAAAGGUAACAAACUCCAUGGCGGGUGUAGUGAAAGCAAUGGAUGCGGCGAUGAAAUCGAUGAACUUGGAAAAGAUAUCCACUUUGAUGGACAAGUUUGAGAGUCAGUUUGAAGACCUGGAUGUGCAGUCGUCGUACAUGGAGAAUGCCAUGUCACAGACCACAACCACCACAGUGCCUCAAGGAGAUGUUGAUAAUUUGCUACAGCAAGUCGCGGACGAAGCUGGUCUGGAACUAAACAUGGAGCUGCCGGCAGGGGUACCAAGUACGUCGGUGGGCAAUACGACGGUGGUGUCGCAGGAACAGGACGAGCUCACGCAGAGACUCGCCCGGUUACGACAGGCCGAGUAACACUCAUGGAUGAUAGGCCCCACCCAAGCAGAGUUAGGCCCCAUGUAAACAUGGAAUGGGCGCAGGAAAAAAAUCGAGACACACGGAAGCAUUAUAAUUGCGUUUGUAUUCACCGUGGGACGCGCCGCUCAACCACCUCUCCAUGAGGCCUAAACGUAAAAUCGCUUGAAUAUUGUGCUGUGUGGGCGAAAACGAACGUACUUUAUAAGAUAUUGUACAGAAAUUAUGGUUACUUUAUUUUUCGCAGGUUUCUAGCUAUACCAAGUUAGUAGAGAAUACUUUAGUGUUAGGGCAGUAGUGUUUUUACUGAAGGUUAAAAUUUACAGAAAUAUCUUGAUCUGUUCUCGGUCUUGAAGUGUUUGAUGUGUUCAAAUGGUAUAGCUAGAAAUAUUGUCGCAGUGAUUUUUUUAGCAUACAAAGUGCGCUAAAAUUAUUCAGUUUGAGAUGAACUCAAGAGGUGAACUAAAAUAUUUGCGAAUUAACAAUGUGAAGUUAGUAUAUGGAUAAACCCUUACUGAAAUUUAUAAUAAUGUUUUAUGAAGCUAAUGCCCCCGAUUCCUGCAGACACAUCCUAAUUUGAUUUUAAGUUAUACCUGUCGUUUUCUUAUCCGCCGAAAAGGAAAGGGACGGGUGAUUGACAACUGUUAAUUAAAAGAAUGGCGGGCGAAUAAAGUAGUCAUCUCACUCAUGUGCAACCCGUUUGACGUGUGCUGUCAACUUAAUUCUGUCGGGUUAUUGACCAGUAUAAAAUUUGGCUAAUCUGUCACUAGAUGGCGCUAGCAGUUUCGACUUUCGUAAAUCAAGUUUUGCCGCCGUAAUAGAUAUCAUUGUAAACGAUUCUUAAUUACGCAAGUAUUGUAGUUGUUAAGAAUGUAAUAAUAAGUCUCAUGUUAAUAUUGGUAAUACAGACUUUCGUGAUUGUUUUUCUUCAUUCCUUUUUCCAAUUUCGUUGAUAAAUGUAUAGGUAUAUUUUCUGCUCACUCACUCUCUGCCCACCCCCUUACGGGCAUGAGUUUAUGUAUGUAUAGGUAAUUGUUGAAUGGUGCAAGGGUAAUCUGUUUAAAAUUAGCUGCAAACGUUUCUUUGAUAGUCACAAAAUAUCUAUCGAACUUGCUUUCUGUUUGCACCAAUGAUCUUACUUUUAAGCCUGAAUAAUAUAUGAUUAUUUUUUGAUUUUGUGUAAAAUAUGUUUAUUACAAUUUUUAAUAAGUA